AUGUCGUUUAUAUUUUCACACAAGAUUUAUCGAAAUUUAUCAAAUUAUCGAUUAAAAAUUUUCAUUAUUUCAGAAUCAAUAUACCCAAGUGUUUCAUUUUCUAAUCAAAAUGUUAAUAAACAAAACUUUCUUAAACAGAAUCUUAAACAAUAUAUUACAACCACUACAUCUUUGGAAAAACCUGUGUUUAUAACAACGCCGAUUUUUUAUGUAAAUGCAGUACCGCACAUUGGUCAUUUAUAUUCUGCUGUAAUGGCUGAUAGUCUUAAAAGAUAUUAUGAACUUAAUGAUAAAAAAGUCAUACUUAGCACAGGUACUGAUGAACAUGGAUUAAAGAUACAACAAGCUGCCGCAAAAGUGAAUCAAAGUCCGCAAGAAUUCUGUGAUAACGUAUCUAAAAGAUUUCGUGAACUUUUUGAUAUGGCAAAUAUAAGUUAUACCACUUUUAUACGUACAACAGAACAGAAGCAUAAAGAUGCGGUUAAGUUUUUUUGGGAACAACUUGUUAAUAAUGGAUAUAUAUAUAAAGGUAUUCAUGAAGGUUGGUAUUCAGUCUCUGAUGAAGCUUUUUAUAGUGCAUCACAAGUACAAAUUUCAAAUUCGGAUGAAAAAAUUGCGAAUGUAUCGGAAUCUGGACAGUUAGUUGAAUGGACUGAAGAAGAAAAUUACAAAUUUCGUCUUUCAAAAUGUAAAGAUGAAUUAUUAAGAUGGUUGGAUGAAAAUCCAGAUGUAAUUACACCAUCAAAUCGGUUCAAUGAAGUUAAAGCUUUUAUAAAAAGUGAUUUGGCUGAUAUAUCUGUGUCCAGACCCCAAUCAAGAUUAUAUUGGGGAGUCUCUGUACCUGAAGAUUUUAAUCAAACGAUAUACGUUUGGUUGGACGCAUUAAUUAAUUACUUGACUGUUACUGGAUAUCCUUGGCCAUCUCAAGAAAAUAUCAUAAACAACCAUUUGACGAGUGGUUGGCCUGCUGAUGUUCAUAUUGUUGGAAAAGAUAUAAUACGAUUUCAUGCGGUCUAUUGGCCUGCCUUCUUAAUGGCCGCAAAGUUACCACUUCCAAGAAAGAUUUUUGCACAUUCACAUUGGAUGAUGAAUAAACAUAAAAUGUCUAAAAGUCGUGGAAAUGUUGUUGAUCCAUUUAUAGUGAUGAAAGAAUACGGUGUCGAUACCAUUCGUUAUUAUUUAAUGAGAGAUGGAGGUAUUUCUGAUGAUGGAACGUAUGAUCCUACCAUUCUUCAAACGCGAUAUCGUAAAGAUUUAGCAGGGCAACUUGGAAAUUUAGUAUCACGUAGUACUUCUCUGGCACUUAAUCCUUCAUCAACAAUACCAGCUUCACCAUCAUUUAUUGAAGGUGUAAACGAGAAGGAUAUGACAUUAUUUAAAAUGUUACAACAAUUGCCAGAUCUAGUAAGUGACCAUUAUGAAAACAUAGAAUUUGGCAAAGGAUUAGAAUUGAUUUUUGAGACAGUUGCAGAGGCCAAUAAACAUUUCACGGAUAAUGAACCAUGGAAUUUAAUUAAGAAUCCAAAUAGAAAAGUGAUUUUAGAUCGUGUAUUAUUCUUUGCUGUUGAAACUGCUAGAAUUUCGGGAAUUUUAUUACAACCAAUAAUGCCAACAAAAAUGAGAGAGUUGUUAGACAUGAUUGGUGUUAGUAAUGACGAAAGGAAAUGGAAGCAUUCGAGAUUAGGAAGUGGAUGGCAAGUUAAAGGUGGAGGAAAUGUAAAGUUUAAUGUUAAAGAUGGACAUUUUCUGUUUCCAAAAUAA